AUGGACGACAUUGAUGCAGGGCGACACAGCAGCUCAGAUUAUGUGGACCUGCUGGCGAGCCAGAUGGAUGAGUUUGCAGCCACCGUGCGGUCACUCGGCAGCCGGCAAGAGAUGAAGACUGAGGCAGGGUCUGCUGCUGAGAGGGAGGACAAGGCAGUGGCGGGGUCGGCGUCUCCUACAUUUGAUGGUGAUGCGUUCAAGGCGCUGCCGGCGAGGGAGCAGGUCUACCGGCUCACACGCGUCGCCAACCAGUUGCAGGUGGGCAAAGUCGCACUGCUCUCUGUGUGUGGCCUGACGUAGAUCUGUGUGGCUGGCUGCCUGUGUGGUUCUUUCGUCCUGUUUUUCUGCAGGCCGUGUUGGCUGACACCAACGCCGUGUGCCGCCAGAUCCGACAAUCAAAGACCACCGGUGAGUGAGUGAGGGACUCAGGGCACUAAGUACAUCAUUGGGGGACACACAUACACACAGACUGUCUGUCUGUCUGUCUGUCUGUCUGUGUGUCGGUUGCAGGUGGUUUGGACAUGAAGACAGUGGUGGACUACGCCUUCCGCAUCGCGGGCACCACCUGCGCGCCGCCCGGUUGGGACGAGCAGUACAUGUACAACCCGCCCAACAAGACCCCCUAUGUGACGGCCGAGGGGCCCGACGGCCAGCCGGUUGUCGCCAACAACGCCUUCCCCACCCACCCCUACUGCUACCCAACGGACGAGUGGGUGCGCGAGUCAUGCCUCUUCAACCACAUGCAGCUCAGAGGUCAGUCAGUCAGUCAGUCGACAGAUGGCCCAUCUGAUCUGGUGUGAUGUGAUUGAUUGUGUUGUGACAUUGGUCGUGCAGCGGUGCCUCCGACGGUGACGGUGACCAAAGCUGAGGGAGAGCCCAUGACUGUCGUUGUAAGCCUGGCUGGCUGGGAGGGAUGCACAGUCAGUGAGUGAGUGAGUAGUGAGUGAGUCACGAUGGAUGGCUGUGCCGUGCGUGACGUGACUCAGGUGCAUUUGGCCACGCCGACGGAGGGUGCGCAGAUCUACUACCAGAUCGACCCCACCAUCGACGACGCAUCGGCCGCACAAGGGCCAGGCCCCGACAACGCUGCACCGGUGCAUGCACACAGCAUCCCAAAUCUUGCUCGUCAAGUGGAUGGAUACAUACACGUGUGAUUGCAAUAAUGAGUGUGUGUGAUGAUAUGAUUCACCCAUACAGUAUGACCCGAAUAUGCCUCCGAGGGUAUCUGGUGCAGGACGACACUUCCUGCGGGCACAGGCCUUCAGACUGGGUGAGCGCCUGACUGAAUGCGCGGAUGUCAUAUUGGUGUUGAUCAAAUGUGUGUGUGUGUGUGUGUGUGUGUGUGUGUGCACAGGCUCGGCCAAGGGCUCAGGCUAUGUGCAGCAGCAAGUCGACAUAGAGGACGAGAGUGGGGCAAGACGCACACGACCACACACACGCAUCCCAUUGUCUGUCUGUCUGUCUGUCUGUGUCUGUCUAUCAGCCAGUGCUGCCAGUGUCCAGCAGCAGCAGCAGCCGCAGCCACCACCUCCCUCUCUCGACGUGUCAGCAGUGGGCGGCCUGGCCGCCCGGCGGGCAGACAGGACGCCCAUCAGCGCCAUGCGCACCCUGUCGUGGCGAGAGGGGUACGUGAGCCCACGUGUAUAUAACGUAGGCGUUGGUGCAGUAUCCGUGCCCCUGUUUGUCGGUGUGUCCCGUCCCACAUCACAUGCAUUGCAGGCAGACCCCCUCUGGCACUGAGGAGCGGGCGGCCAAGCGGGCGAGAGGGCAAGACCUCUUCAGGUCAGUCGAUUGUGGGUGGGUGGGUGAGUGAGGUGCACCAUCUGUUUAUCUCUGUGUGUGUGCGGGGGGGCACCGGUCUGUCCAUCUGUGUGCUGUGUGUGUCAGUUCUCUGCAUCUAGGAGGUAUGGAUGAGGACGAGGAGGGCUCAUCGCCGUCUCACUUCGGCGGCAUGUCCCCCGCCAUGCCCUCCAGGGGCGUAUCGGCCGCUGCUAGUGCUGCCGAUGCCGCUGGUGCUGGUGACGAGCCGCCAUCGGCCCCCCAACAACAGCAGCAGCAGGAGGGGGAUGGCGAGGAGCCGUUAGGGAGCGGGGGAGGUGGUUACUCAUCGAGCAGCUCCUCUAGUAGUGGCGAAAGUAAAGACGACGAGUGAGGCAUAGCUGACGUGUGUGUGUGUGUGUAUGGAGGGGUGGAUAAUCACAUGGACUCACUGCAGUGCACUCACUCUCAAGACAGACAGACUCCCAUGUUUACUUCCGCGCGAGUCUUGAUUCCCCGUGCGCGCA